AUGAACCAUGAGAUGCAGCAUGAGAUGCAGCAUGAGAUACAGCAUAAAAUACAACAUGAGAUACAGCAUGAGAUGCAGCAUAAGAUACAGUAUAAGAUAUGUCAAUAUAUACAACAUGCAAUACAGCAUGAGAUAUAUCAUGAGAUCUACCAUGAGAUACAGCAUGAGAUGCAGCACAAAAUACACCAUGAGAUGCACCAUGAGAUACAGCAUGAGAUACAGCAUGCGAUACAGCAUAAGAUACAUGAGAUGCACCAUGAGAUACUGCAUGAGAUGCAGCAUAAAAUACAACAUGAGAUGCAGCACAAGAUACAACACAACAUACAGCAUGAGAUACAGCACAAGAUACAGCAUGAGAUACUGCAUGAGCUACAACAUGAGGUACAGCAGGAGAUGCAGCAUGAUAUACAACAUGAGAUACAGCAUGAAAUACACCAUGAGAUGCACCAUGAGAUACAGCAUGAGGUACAGCAUGAGAAACUCCAUGAGAAAGAGCAAGCGAUCAGGCACAAGAUAAAAUACAACAUACAGCAUGAAAUACAGCAUGAGAUACAGCACAAGAUACAGCAUGAGUUACAACACAAGAUACAACACAACAUGCAGCAUGGAAUACAGCAUGAGAUACAGCACAAGAUAGAGCAUGAGAUACACCAUGAGCUACAGCAUGAGAUUCAGCAUGAGAUGCAGCACGAGAUACAAUAUGAGAUGCAGCAUGAGAUACAACAGGAGAUACAGAAAGAGAUACACCAUGAGAUACAGUACGAGAUACAGCAUGAGAUACAACAUGAGAUAUAG